AUGGCAAAGAAAUGGAAGAAGCACUGCAAGAAGGCUAGACAUGGAUGCAUGUGGAGACCGAAGGAAUGCGAGCAUUUGACGCGCUCAGAAAUGCAGGAAAAUGGGGCAAACAAGCCAGAUGCACCCCAGCCAGAAGCUCCGGGAGAUACGUUUCGUCCUCCUGGUGACAUCAACUGUGAUCAUGAGCAACAUCACCACCACCAUCACCCAUCACUAGCUCAGUGUCGAGGCGCAGCGAUUCAUCAGCAGAGCUGUCCUCCAGAAGGUAGUUUUGAUGUGUACCAUCGAUUUGAUUCCGGUAUGUCGCGAAUGGGUUGCCUGGGCCCACCUCUGUAUUCUGCUCCGAAAAAACACUUCUGCCGUCGUCACAAUUUGCACACACACAAGUACGACAAAAAACUUCAUCGUCUGGAGAAAAAGCUCGGCAGACUCUCGAUGGCCACCGAUACGCCGCAGCUACAGUAG